AUGCUGCCUACGAACAUCUUGAGCGCCGCCUCGGUCGGACUCUUGUCAACUCUGGCAACGUGCGCCUCUGCCACGCCAACCCACAAAGAUGGCGGACCCAUCCCUCCCGAUUCUCAACUGCUGUUCUCGCUCAAGAUGAAUCUUGGGGCGUCCGUGAACUUCGGGCUGGGCCCGCGGGGUACCAGGUUCGGUGACCCUAUCCUUGGUGGAUCGUUCGAGGGACCGAAGCUGAAUGGCGUGAUUCUCCCCGUCGGUGGAGACUGGGGACUUCUCGAUGCUCGAGGAGGGUUCCAGGCCCUCACGGUCUUCCAGUUCCAGACGGCCGACGGCGCCAACAUCUUCGUUCGCGGAACCGGGCCGACCCCGAAUGGAAAAGGUCUGCACUAUCUCAGCCUGGAGACCGGUGCUGAGAACUACUACUGGGUCAACGACAUUAUGGUCGUUGGUGCGACCAGUGUUGAUAGGGAGAAGGGCCUUGUCACGAUUGAUGCCUGGCAGAUGAUCCCUCCUGCCAGCUAG